UGCACGGCUCAGGGAGCGAUCGCCGGUCCGCUGUGUCCGAGGAUCACGGAAAGAGCCGAAGAUGUCGGCUCGGUCAUGUGAUCAGCUGUGUCCAAUCACAGCUGAUCACAUGGCACUGAUGAUCAGUGUGCCCUGAUGAUUAGUGUGGCCCCAGAAGUGCCUCCUGUCAGUGCUCAUCAGUGCCACAUGCCAGUACCCAUCAGUGCCACAUCAAUGCCACAUAUCAGUGCAUACCAGUGCACAUCAAUGCCACAUAUCAGUGCCCAUCUGAGCUGCCUUUCAAUGUCACCCAUCAGUGCCAGUCAGUGCCACCUAUGAAUGCCAAUCAGUGUCACCUAUCAGUGCUGCCAAUCAGUGCCGCCUAUCAGUGCCAGUCAGUGUCACCUAUCAGUGCCAGUCAGUG